UGCGCGUGCACAGCGGACGGAGGAGCCUCCCCGGGUCCUGCAGCCCGAGCCCAGCGGGCGCAAGUGACACCUGAGGGCAACCGGCGCGUGCGCGAACCUCUAGACAUGGCUGACUUCGGAGCAGAUGAGGCCUCUUCCAGGUCAGAGAGUCCUGAGCAGGAAGGCCGGGGCUCUGAGGACAGAUCGCUGCUCCAUCAGAGGCUGGCCGUCAGAGAGCUCAUUGACACAGAGGUCUCCUACUUGCACAUGCUCCGACUCUGUGCCUCUGACAUCAGGAGCCACCUACAGCAGCUGCCACCAGGAGAUCUGGAUGUCCUGUUCUCAAACAUGGAUGACAUCAUCCAAGUGAGCAGCAGAUUCCUCCACAGGCUGCAGGAGACAGCUGGCAAGGAAGAGGAACAAGCAUACCUGAUUGGUAACUUAUUCCUGGAAUUCCAAGAGGAGUUUGAACAAGUUUAUAAAUUCUACUGUGCCAACUAUGACCAGGCCCUGCUGCUGGUCGAGGCGUACCAGAAGGAGCCGGAACUGCAGAAGGAGAUCCAGGGUGUCAUCCAAGCUGCAGUGCCGCAAGCUGGACCUUCAGGUCUCAGUUUCUUACUUGUAAUCCCUCUGCAGAGGAUUACCAAGUACCCCCUCCUGCUGCAGAGAAUGCUGGAGAAUACACCUGCGGAUGCCAGCGCCCACCCUGUCCUUCAGAGAGCCACCUCUGCCCUCCAGGAUGUGAACAGCAAUAUCAACGAGUACAAGAUGCGCAAGGAACUGGCCUUAAAGUAUACCAAGGUGGAGCAGCUGAGCCUUCGGGAGCGCCUGGCCCGCAUCAACACACAUACCCUUUCCAAGAAGACCACCAGGCUGAGCCAGCUGCUGAAGCAGGAGGCGGGGCUGGCACCCAGGACAGAAGACAGGGAAUUUGAUGAGUUAGAGGAGAGAUUCCAGUGGGUGUCUCUGUGUGUGACGGAGCUGAAGAGCAAUGUGGCUGCUUACAUGGAUAAUCUGGAGGCUUUCCUCUGCUUCCGGCCACAUGAAUGGAGUCUAGACAUCCCCGGGGGGCCUGUGGAGCAGUACCGAAGCCUAGCCAGGGACCUUCAGCUGGAGGCCUUCCUGCAGUUUAAGCAGCGGCUGAAAGGUCUGGUGUGGCAACCGCUGUGCAGCCUGGCCAGGACCCUGGUUGGUCCUCAGAACUUGAUCAAGAAGCGUCUGGACAAACUCUUGGACUUCGAGCGAGUGGAAGAGAAAUUGUUGGAUGUGGGCAGUGUGACCUAUGAGGAGGAGGCUGCCCGGCAUACUUACCAAGCGCUCAACUCCUUGCUGGUGGCCGAGCUCCCAAGGUUCAACCAACUAGUCAUGCAAUGGCUGCGCCAGAUCCUGUGGACAUUUGUGGUCCUUCAGAGGGACCUUGCAGACCACGUGCUACGAAGAGCAGAGAGCAGCAUGGCUCUGCUGCCUCAUCAGCACAUCUCAGAGCCGGACUUCCAGAAGCUGCUGAAGGACACACUAGGCCAGAGCAGUAGCCAGCUCCGCCUUUUCCAAGAGAACUUUGAGAAGGUGCUUCCACCUUCCACCACUCAGCCACUCUUCCCAGGCUCUGAACACCGGGUGCAGGCUCUCCUCACCAGAUAUGGCCCAGGGAAGCUAUACCAGUUGACAAGCAACAUCACCGGGACUGGGACUCUGGACCUGUCACUGCCACGGGGCCAAAUUGUGGCCCUUCUACAAAACAAGGACACCAAGGGCAACAACAGUCGCUGGCUGGUGGACACAGGGGGACAACGGGGGUAUGUGCCAGCUGGAAAACUUCAGUUAUACCACCACCCCGCUCCCAGUGAGAAGGAGCUCAGAGGCCAGACAGGGAUACGCGAAGACUACUGGCUUCCAGCCCCAGAGCCCACCCAACCCUCUGUCCCCACCGUCCCAACCCUGACCCAGGUGGUGGCAGUGUACCCUUUUGUGGCCAGGAGCACCCACGAGCUGAGUCUACAGGCAGGCCAGCCGGUGACCGUCCUAGAGGCCCAAGACAAGAAGGGGAACCCUGAAUGGAGCCUGGUGGAAGUGAAUGGGCAGAGAGGAUAUGUACCUUCGAACUUUCUGGCCAGGACCCCAGGCCCAACUCCCUGGGGCUGGAGUCUGCCAUGUUAGCACACCCUUUUUGGAGCCUCCAUUCCUAAGGAAAGGGGGAGGCUUAAAGGCUGUGUGACCUGGCGGGCAUGAUUCGAAUCAAAGCGGGAAUGGGAGAGGAGUGAAGGGCACCCAGAAGGCAGCAGGAAGCGGUGACUAGGCCCUCACUGAAUGCCUGGUGUGGGUGGCCACAGUGGGCGCUUCUAGCAGCAUCACUCAUGUCUUUAUAAAGAAGCCAUCUCAAGGCCACAGCUGAUUAGCUAGGGCUUGCCGCAGCUCGAAGCUCGGCCUACCUCUUGCCUCUUUCAUGUCAAGAAUGAAUGUGGCCUGUGUUAGUUGUAGGUGGGGGCAUUACCGAAGAAGAUAAGAGCUGCCUGGCUCAGCAGUGCACUUUCUACAGCAUCAAGGAGACGCCGCUGCUCACCAGUCACCUUUUCUUUCUUAUUGCCUUGAGUUGAGUUAUUGUGAACUUUGAACUGUGGAGACUCCCACUCAAGGAGAAGCCGUGGGCCCAGGUUCUGAGGAGAUUCUCUGGGAAUGGGCGUGGUCUAUGCACAGGCCUGGAAUGUGUGUACAAACUCAGAGGUGGUUCCAGGGAAGAGGGGAAUCUGAGGGCAAGUGAGGCUGGGAGCAAUGGCAUAUACCUACUGCUGUUUUCUUUGGACUAGGAGACAAAGGGACUUGGCAGGCAACCACAGUGGAAACUCUGUGAGAUAGGUGACUACUGGCCUGGUGGGUUGGGUUAGGUUUCCUGGUUCUGGAUAGAAGAGCCAGGGGAACACAGGUGGCCUAGGUUCACCUAUUGAGGGUAUAGAGGCAGGAGCUAGAGCUGAGGUUGGGAGGAUGUGGGGCCUAAAACAUAGGACACAACUUCAAUUUCUCACCUAGAAAAAACUAAGUCUUGGGAUGCAGUAAGGAGGAUCUGAGGCUGAGGACGCAAAGGCCCCAUGUCAAUCAGGAAGUAUGACACCAACACAAACACGGUGGUUAGUGGUAUCAAGAUGGCCCAGCCAUUGGCUUGAGUUGGGUUAGCAGGGUAAAGCAGUCCUGUUGCCACCCCUCUUGUCCAUGCCAACAGUGUCUUUUCCCUUAAACCCAGGCUGUGCCUCAGGGCCCAGUGGGCAUGGAUUAACAAUAGACACAUUUUGAGACAUGCCCUGUUAGGAAUUUUGUUUUGUGUGAACAUCACAAACUGUGCAAAAUAACAAGGUUAUGAUAUCACUAGGCAAUGUCAUCUCAUGACAACACACAGCCAUUGUCUGUGGCUGGCUGCUGCAUGGCACAUGACAAUCAUUACAGUUUAGGCAGGUAAAGCCCUAAUGCCUAGUGCUUGGUGAGCAAGUCAUUUCUUGAAACUGGAAACAGAAACCCCUCAAAAGCAGAUCCCGACCCACUGGGCAGUGUUGGGUGUGGUCAGUACUGGGCAAUGUCUCUAGGCGGUUGCUUUAGGUCAGGAGUAAUUGGAAGAUCCCAAGCCAGUGAAAGGGUCGGUCCUCCAUAACCUCUGUACAACUGAUGACUUUGGAAUCAACCCUCUUGAGAGAGUGUGUAACACAGGUGGCUAUUUCAGUGCUUUCAAGACUAUGUCUGUUUUAUAACUCAAGUGCCUCUUUGUUAGCUCUGGCUUCUGAAGGGCCCUUGAGAAAGACAUCCUUGUCUGUGUCAGACUGUCUGCAAGGCCUCCUCUGGGCUUGUCAUUGCACGGAGACUGUGUGAUGCAAGGCUCCCCGGUCCCUUUCCCAACCCCAGGUUCACUCAAAAGAUGUCCUCAGCUUACUUUCAUUUCUGUUUCCUUCUCUGGCUUCUGAUAAAAAUGGGAAGCAGAGACAAACAGUUGACAAAGCAGGAUCCAUACCUGCAGCCUCCAUAGAUUUUUACUGACAGCUCUUUGUGUGGUGAGGCUCUAGCUAGGGGUUCUUAGCAUGGCUGCUCUCUGCUGCAUUUACCUGGGUACCUCUAAACUGUAGCAAACCAGAGAAAGCUGAUGUCAUUGAUCUGGGCAUGGGAACGGCCUUGGACUUCAGGAAGCUAACCAGGUGACUCUCACAUGCAGCCAUGUUGAAGACCUCUGCCCUAGACCUGCAGAGGUAAACAGCUAGACCUGGGGUCAGAGGUGGAAAAGGAUAAGUUAGGUUGCACCCCCACUGAGCUUUGCACUAGCUGUCUAAGCAGGAGGCUUUAGAGGCAGCUUGAAAUAGGACAGCCUGUUCUGUCAGGUCCCAGAAUCUAUAUUUAUUAAGUGCCAUUAAAGGGGACCUGAACAAAAUUGGAUGUUCUUGUAGGCAUAAGGGAGAAAAAUGAAAUACACUUAGAACCAAGGCUAUCGCAUGAAGGGGAAAUAAAAAUGUAUUCAGUACAUGUGGGUUAUAGUUUCUUAGACCGGGGGGUGAGAUUAAAAGUCACUGGAGAGUGAGAGAAGGCAUACUGAGAAGAUGGAGCGUGGCCUGGAUUUUCUCCAAGGGACUCUGUGUAAUGUGCCUUUUUACCCCCAAUGCCUAGAGCCAUUGCACUGUGUCUUAUUUAUUUCACUCUUGGGCUGUCACGUGCAUACUCACAAAGAUAGUUGCCUAAGAAUGGAACAAAACUCCCAGGAGUUGAAGGAUUCACAUGGUAUCCCUUGCUCCUCAAAGUGAAGUUGGAACUCUUUAACUCUUUGAGCGCCAACUUAGUUUAGGAUACAAAGACAAUUAUAUUAUCCAAGGGAAGUUGAAUGAAUUCUCAAUUAAUGUCGUGAGCAUGAUGUAAGCUGCUGGCAAUAAAGGACUUUGUAUGACUCCA